UGCCAGCGGGGCGGUGCUGAGCUCAGAGCUGCCGCAGCGCACGAGCCGGAGCCGGAGCCAAGUCGAGCGCAGCGCGCGAGCGAGCAGGGUGCCGGCGGCAAGCGGCGGCUGACGACGCACCCGAGGCCCGGGCACUGCUGCGCCCCACUUCAGGGCUUGCGACCUGAGUGCCUGGCCCCACCUGAUCGCCCAACGACUUCGAGCCCACCCAGCCCGGCCUUGCCGAGCUCCCCAGCAUCCACCCACCGCAGCCGCAGCAGCUCCGUCGCCAGCCCCGGCCCCGCAUCCAGGCUCCAGGAUGGACGUGUUCAUGAAGGGCCUGUCCAUGGCCAAGGAGGGCGUCGUGGCUGCCGCUGAGAAGACCAAACAGGGGGUCACCGAGGCCGCAGAGAAGACCAAGGAGGGCGUCCUCUACGUCGGAAGCAAGACCCGAGAAGGAGUGGUUCAAGGUGUGGCUUCAGUGGCGGAGAAGACCAAAGAGCAGGCAUCCCAUCUGGGAGGAGCCGUGUUCUCUGGGGCUGGGAACAUCGCUGCUGCCACAGGCCUGGUGAAAAAGGAGGAAUUUCCCACCGAUCUGAAGCCCGAGGAAGUAGCCCAGGAAGCUGCUGAGGAACCCCUGAUGGAACCAGAAGGGGAGAGUUAUGAAGAGCCACCGCAGGAGGAAUAUCAGGAGUACGAGCCAGAGGCGUAAGGGGCCGGGACGGCCACCCACCAGCAGCACAACCCCUGCCCCGCCUCCAACAGCC